AAAAUAAAAUUGGAAAAGGAAUUGGAAUUGGUAUUGGAACUCAGUGCACAGGUCGUUGCGCGCUCCAGCAUCGAUCCCAACAUCCAUCGCUACGCCCCGUGGCUCUCUUCCUUCACUCUCAACCACCAUUCACCUUGUUCUUCCUCAGAUCUACACUCUCCGUCGCCCUCAGUCUCAGUUGAAGAUGCCAUCGGCUCAAGAUCCGUUCUAUGUUGUAAAAGACGAGAUUCAAGAAUCCAUCGAUAAACUGCAAUCCAGCUUUCACCAAUGGGAAAGGAUAUCUUCUGAUUCCGGAGAGAGAGUACAACAAACAAAAGAGUUGCUCGCUUCCUGUGAAAGCAUUGAGUGGCAGGUGGAUGAAUUGGACAAAGCUAUUGCUGUGGCAGCUAGAGAUCCAUCUUGGUAUGGCAUUGAUGAUGCAGAACUUGAAAAACGAAGGAGAUGGACGAGUACAGCUAGGACGCAGGUUGGAAAUGUUAAGAAAGUAGUAGGAGCCGGCAAGGAGCAAACAGGAAUUGCUAGUGCAAGUGGGAUGCGUCGAGAAUUGAUGAGACUACCUAAUGCACAUGAAACAGAUAGAUCAAACUUAUAUACAGCCCACCAAGCGAAUGAUGACUUCAUCACAUCGGAAUCAGACAGACAGCUGCUUCUUAUAAAGCAGCAGGACGAGGAGUUGGAUGAGUUGAGUGCAAGCGUGGAGAGAAUUGGAGGUGUUGGGCUUACAAUACACGAAGAGCUCCUUGCACAGGAUAAAAUUAUCGACGACCUAGGAAUGGAAAUGGACAGUACAUCAAAUCGUCUUGAUUUUGUACAGAAAAAAGUAGCUGUGGUCAUGAAGAAGGCCAGCGCCAAGGGGCAGAUAAUGAUGAUAUUGUUUUUGGUGGCUUUGUUCAUCAUCCUUUUUGUGUUGGUCUUCCUCACCUAAAGAAGCCAUGCCCCAUCCAUCCAUACUUCACAAGGCAUCAGAAAAUGGAUUCGUAUAAUUAGGAAGACCGACGAGUAUUGUCGAAACCAUUCAGAAAUUUUGAACUGAGAACUACGAAGGGUGGUCCUUCAUGUACUUAUGAGAGUUGAUGAGAAUUCCGGAACCUAGCUGCUUCUAUAUUACAAAAUGCAAUGUGAAACUCGUUCACUUAUUCAUUAUUUGUACUUGUUUGAUACUUAGAUUCCAGCCUUUUCUUUGUUUUGGAUUUCUUCUUCUCUUUUUGAUAGAGUUAGUAUACCAUCAUUUCAUGUAAUUAUAAAGCCUUUACAUAUUUAUGAUAGAUUGAACAAUUGCUACUUC